CCAGCGCCGCUAGCAGCGGUGUUGGCCCGUAGCACUUCUGAUAAUAGCAGCCCCUGACGUCAGUCCGCAAAGUGCGAGCUCCAUACCGCGCAGCAGCUCAUUCACCGCCGGCCGGCGACACACGACGGCUGCAUCCAAGCCGUUGCAAGGAGCUGUGGUGGUGUCCCCGUCAUGCACGCCAAUGCACAAUGCAAGCCCAAUACGCAUACCUCGUACAACUAUGACAGCCACUUCGCGGUGUGGCCAGAGCCCAAAGCGCCAUCCACACCGGCACUACCUGAAACCUCACAGAAUCGCGGGACCGCACUGCUGUGGGCUUGCCAUGGACCAUUAUAUCGCUCAGAAGGCGAGCCUAACUCGCAUAAAACCAGUGACUAGCCCGAGCUGUGCUCCUGGGGUACCUCGUAGACACCAAGGACAUCCAUCGUACGAAAUACCUACAAGCAUUGCGUCGCUGACCGGCGACUUUUGUCUGACAUCAGAGCAUCUGUAAAUGGCAGCUAUAUCUCAUAUCCUCCUUUAUACAAAGGUACCUACCUAACUUAGAUACCGAGGCAGCGGGUGAUGUUCUGUGAGGGGCAGAUCCAUCACCUCCAAGGCCGAGCCAAGGUACCGGUAUGCACAGGAGAGCCAACAAAGAUCGUCUUGUCGGUUCACGGAGCAUUUUCGCACUUGUCCGAUGGGAACCGAAUAGGCGCUAGAAGGUUACUGGCUCCAAGCUCUGAUUCUAGCGGCACCGCAGGUCCAACGCUCAUGAACACAGCAAGGGCAUUUGUGGUGUAGCCUCACUGAGGAUCGUCAUUGCUCGACGGCAACAUCUCCGCCAUUUGCCUUGAUGGGGGAAGAGAGUCGUCUUUCCUUC